AUGAUCCAAGAUGAGUCAGUGUCUCCUUCUCCUCAAGCUGAGAAUGUUCCUCCAAUGCCAACACUGCAUGAGAUAUCUAAACUGGGAAAGGAUGAAGCUAAUUCUCAAAAGCAGAUUGUUGUUGCUGCCAUUCCAAAUGCUAAUGCAACAAAUGAUAAUCAAACCAUUCCAGAAACCCAUGAUCAAUCCGAUACCAAUGACUAUGGAAGGUUUCUUGAUCUUGGAUUCAUACCACAAGCUAUUGUUCCUACUAUUCCUUUGAAAGUUAUUUACCCUAGGCCUGAUAAUUCUCGACACAAAUCGCGACACGACCCACGAACCGACACAAAAUAA